CACCAUUUUUGUUCUCUCAUCCGAAUAGUGUUUGCGCGUAUUUUGUGUAUGUUUGCGCGUUAACUUAAACCAUCAUCGUUGCCGUUCUCUCUCACCAUUCACUGUCCAAUACACACUCUAUACGCGUAUUGUUUUCAGGGAAAAAGCAAAAAAAAAAAAAUUAUUCAAAACUUCAGACAAUUUUUUGACGUACCGUGAUACACAAAGUGUGUGAUGUAAAGUUGUGUUUUGAUGUGUUGCGAAUUGAAACGCACACAUGAAAUUAGUUAUUGUUAUUUAUUUUUCUCUUAUUUCUUUACGUCUUCGAUCAUAUUCAGAAAAUAUUCCGAACCAAUUUCUUUUUUUUCGUUGGUUUUAAUUUAACACAAAAAAAACACACACACACACCAGUGAAACAAAGUGAUAUUUUCCGGGCGAAAUGUUGUGAAAUUUAUAUGAGAAGAAUUGUUGCAUGUUCGUGAGAAAUUGAUUUAUUUCGCGCGAACAAAAUCCAUUCGAAAUACCAAUUUUGGCCUUUUUUUCCUCCUUGCAACAAAAUUAUUUUUUCCCCACUUCUUCAUUCAUCGCACUUUCGUUGUUGAUUUGUAAAUAAUUAUCCGUGAACGUAUUUGUACAUAAGCUUUUAGUCGACUUUUAAAGGAAAACACGAUCAAAGCAACUAUAUUUUUAUGUGAACAAAAAAGAAAAGAAAAUAAACAAUCAUCACAAAAAACACACGCUACAUAAAUGAUGGAACAGUGUUAUCGAGCCGUUUUUUUGUCAAAUCAUUAAAUUGCACCAAAUUUAAUUUGACAACAUAGAAUUCCUAUUGUUUUGAAGAGAAAACAAUAAAACACGCAGCAUUUUUUUUUUCCGCAUAAAUUACACAAAAUGAAUGGACCAACGAUUGAGCAAAAUGACGAUGAAGCUGAACGAGCACAUCGACGUAGAACAUUCGGAAAAACAGCGGCCAAUACAACGCUUAGUAGCGACAGUUUGAUUGAAGAACAACAAGGUCUUCAAGAUUGUUUGAAGAUUUAUCAUGAUAAUAAAAUCUGCCAGAAGAAUGCGUGGACGUUGACGUUGAUUGAUAAUUUGGCGAAUUUACUGGGAAGCCAUCAUAAAACACUGAAAAAUUUUCAAAUUGUUGGCAGUUCAUUGGAGGCAACGACCAAAAUCUAUGGACUACGUGUCGAUUCAGUGCAUUCGGAUAUUGUACGAAUGUCAUCGGGUUUGGGGCGCAUGAAAAGUAAUUUACCAUCGGCCAAUGAUGAUGAUGAUGUCGAUCAGAAUGAUGCAACCGCUGAGAAUAUUGAUCAACCAAAGAUUCCGGUGAAGAAAAAACGGACACGCAAACAGGUCAGCACCGUCACCACCAAUAAAGGUACGCUGAAUGCGCGUCUUGAGAUGAUUCAAAUGCCCGACUCGUUGGGUUUUCAAUUGAAUUCAAUUAUGGGCGAAACAUCAAGUUCAAAUAAACUACUAUUGAAUCUAUUGCAAACGAAAUUCUCCGAUUUAAAACUUACCAUGGAUGAUCAAUUUUGGGAUAGUAAAUUAUACGAACAAAUCACAUUCAAUGAAAAUGAUAAUUACGAUAUUAACGAUAAUGAGUACAUUGAAUUACCAAUUAAAUUAAAAACCGACAGAAGACACACACUGCGACAACAAAUGAAAGGCUAUGUCAUAUCAAACACACCGAUGGAUGAUGAUGAUGAUGAUGAGGAACAACAACAACAACAACAAGCGGCAAGCGCAUCAUUCAAUAUGUCACAAUGUUUGGAGUAUGCAUUUGAUAUGGAUGCUGAAGUCGAACCGAUGCCAGCCGACAAUAACUAUAUUAUGGAUGUUAUGGACUUUGAUGCUGGCAAUGAUUUCGAUGAUUUAACACAAGACGAUCGGGCCGCGAUAACAGCAUGCAAAGGUUUACGUCGAAAAGCCGAAAUGAUCGAAGAUCUACGACCAUCGGACACAACAAAAUUGGAAUAUUCAUAUCGGCCACUUGAUAAUAUCAAUCAAUUUUGGGCUGGACCCUCAUAUUGGAAAUUCCGUAAAUCACGAAAACUUACAUUGAGUCAACAACAAUCGAUUGCAACGACCGAAGGCAGUACAGUCGCACCAACUGCACACAAACGCAAGGCAAAUCGACCGAAAAAUGAACCAAUCAAAUUUUCGACAUUCAUUGAAAGCGUUACAGAAAAAGAUGCUGACGACAGUGAUGAUGAGAUUUUUGUAUCAACCGAAUCAAGACACGGGCAAAAAUUCAAAAAGACCAACGUUUAUAAACGUUGGGAUUCGAAAAAAUUAAAAUUACCCACCGAUUUGCAUAUCGAUCGAUCAUUAUUCAAUUCAUAUGUAUAUUGUCCGAGUAUAUCAAUUGUUAAAAAGCCCAGCGAAACACCAGCCAAUGAUAUUGAUGCCGAUGAUGCAUUUGAUUUUGACAAUGCUGAUGAUGGUGUGCCGUACUGUACCGAUGUGCCGGCGGACGAUGAUGAAAUUGUAAUGAAAGAAGACAAUGUGAUGGAUCACAUGAGCGACGUACCUGAUGUUGAAAUUCCUAUGCUGGAACAAAUUCCCGAUUCACAAAAUAAUCAACAUGAACAUGAAAUUAGCCAGACCUAUGAAGGAGCACCACAAUUGGUUCAAAAGAUUGAUAUUCAAUUUGCGCGACGUGCAAAAGUUAUUGAUAUGAAACAAAUGAAAACGGUGUGUUUGAAUACGAUCACAAAACAAUGUGAAAAAACGUCAACGCGAACAUUCAAUCAUACAAAUCUACGACAUGAGGAGAAAUACAAAGAGGGUGCGGCAUCGUUUGGUAUUAUCUACAACACUUUACCGCAUAUGCUAACAAAAACGAUGGCCGAAAAUCUAUCACCAUCGAUUGCGUUCUAUUCGAUAUUGCAUUUGGCCAACGAACAUCGACUGCGUUUGCACAAAUCAUCAAAGGAUAAUGAUAUGAACAUUUUCUUAAUCCGGCAAUUAGAAGAAUGACGAUUAACAUUACUUUAAGCGAGGAAGAAAAACAAGUAAAAGAAGCUGAAGAAGACGCGCACCCAUUCACAUUCAUUAUAAUUCAUUUAACCUUUAUUUAAUUACACAUAUUUUUUUUUUGUUCAAACGAAAGAAAUCAUUUUAUCUCGGUAAUAAGUCUUUGUGAAACAGAAGAAUAGAAUAAUGAUAGAAAGAAAAAAAACGUACAGUUAAAUUGUAAUUAAAAUUCAGAUUUAAGUGCAAACGAAUUGGUUAACUGUUCAGUUUAUUCACUCUGUAUUCGAUCAAUUUCGUAAAAUAAGGAGAUAAAAAUAAACCAAAUGGAAAUUAAAAUCGAAAAAAAAACCGAAAAACUUUUAAUAGCAGUGAAAAACAGAAGCGAUAGAGAAUAACAGGAACAAUAGUGAUCUUAGAGAAAAGUUGCUAUUUAAUUUGAAAUAAAAUGAAAACGACUGAAAAUUAAACAAUGAUGUAUGAUUCAUUUGUGACAACA